AUGCAGUGGGACACAACUGGCCAAGAACGUUUCAGGACAAUCACUAGCAGCUACUACAGAGGAGCUCAUGGAAUCAUUUUUACUAUCUCCACUGACGAAGAGAGCUUCAACAACGUCAAACAAUGGCUGAAUGAAAUUGACCGUUACGCUAGUGAAAAUGUGAACAAGAUACUGGUUGGGAAACAAGAACGAUCUCACAUCACAGAAAGUUGUGUCCAGUUCUUAGCUGAAAGAUACAACUUUUAUCUGAAAGACAAUAACAUUGUUGUUGUCUCCUCUCUCGUCGCGCAGGCUUUUGCAGAUGAACUUGGAAUCCCAUUCUUGGAUACAAGCGCUAACAAUGCAACCAAUGUGGAUAGGGCUUUCAUGGCCAUGACUGCCGCACUUAAGACGAGGCUAGAUGACAUUAUUACUAGCUUAGAGAAGACCGCAUAUGAAGCGGGUGUGGCUAAGAGCAUGAAGAAAGAGAGAGUGAGCUUCCGGGAUCAACUAGGAGGAGAGCUGGCUGAGGUUAUUGGGAUGUCAGAUAGAGCAGAGCCAGACAUGGAAGAAGAAAGCCACGUUGGGAAAUAUUAA